AUGACAUUGUGCCCUAUUAAGUCGUUGGACAGCCUGGGAAUAGGCAUCUAGAAAAACGAAGCGCCCCUUUCUUUCAUCUUAUCAACAAAUUUCUUAUCGACGAAAUCAAAUUCGAAAUUCUGUAGUCGGCGUUGCAAGGCCCCUUGAAUAGCCGAGGCUAAGCCGCAACCCCCCUAGUGAGGAUCUAAGUUCGGCAGGCAGCGGCAAAGCAUUUCCCACUCGCCCGAGCAACGGAGCAUCCCACCAAAGCCGAAGCUCAAGCUUAGAAAGGUUUGGGCGAAGAGCUGCACUCGCCCGAUUAAAUAAAUAGCCCAGGCAGCCCGGAAUUUCUUAGUUUAAGGACCCAAUUGGCGACCGAAGGACUCCUCAAGGACCUACCAAACAUCAUGUCUGCUGUCAGUCGCAGUCUGCGUUCUGCAACUAGGUCGCUGCGCCUCCAGCAAAGCACCAGUCUGCAAUCGGCUGUCCGGCCAGUGGUUCUCGGCGCUGCUUCAAGAACAUCUUUCAGCGGCGUUUCUCGCUCCUCCGCUCCACACUCAUACAACACCUUUUCCACCAUGACUGCCCUCCAAUCCGCUACCGUCCCGCCCGCCGAGGGCAGGAGCUACGAUCCCGAGAUCAAGGACAUCGCUGACUACAUCCACAACAAGCCAGUUGACUCGGAACUUGCUUUUGAUACUGCCCGCUGGGUGUUCCUCGACACCCUCGGCUGUGGCCUCGAGGGCCUACGUUUCAAGGAAUGCGCGAAGCUGCUGGGCCCCAUCGUCGAGGGGACCAUCGUGCCCCAUGGCUCCAAGGUCCCCGGCACUCCCUACCAGCUUGACCCGGUCAAUGCCGCCUUCAACAUCGGUGCCAUGGUCCGCUGGCUGGACUACAACGACUGCUGGCUCGCCGCCGAGUGGGGUCACCCGUCGGACAACCUGGGUGCCAUCCUCGCCGUUGCUGACUGGAUCACGCGGACCAACAAGGCCGGUGGGAACCUUGCCGGCGGCAAGACCUACACCGUCCGGGACGUCCUCGAGGCCAUGAUCAAGGCCCACGAGAUCCAGGGCUGCCUGGCCCUGCUCAACUCGUACAACAAGGUCGGCCUGGACCACGUCGUCCUGGUCAAGGUUGCCAGCACCGCCGUCGUCAGCAAGAUGCUGGGCCUGAGCGAGAAGCAGACCGCCGACGCCGUUACCCAGGCCUGGGUUGACGGCCAGUCCCUGCGGACCUACAGACACUCUCCCAACACCAUGUCGCGGAAGUCGUGGGCCGCCGGUGAUGCCUGCCAGCGCGCCGUGAACCUCGCCCUGAAGGUCCUGAAGGGCGAGCAGGGUGUCCCCACCGUCCUCUCUGCCCCGGUUUGGGGCUUCUACGAUGUUCUCUUCAAGGGAAAGAAGUUUGAGUUCCAGAGGCCGUACGGCAGCUACGUGAUGGAGAACGUCCUUUUCAAGGUCUCGUAUCCGGCCGAGUUCCACUCCCAGACCGCUGUUGAGGCUUCCGAGAAGAUCCACGCCCUGCUCAAGUCGAUGGGCAAGUCCGCGGCUGACAUCAAGGAGAUCACCUGCCGGACCCACGAGGCCUGCAUCCGCAUCAUCGACAAACAGUUCAAGCCCAUGGACAACUUCGCCGACCGUGACCACUGCAUCCAGUACAUGUGCAGCGUCAUGCUCACCUACGGCCGCCUGACAGCGGAGGACUAUGUCGACGGCUCCGAGGCCGCCACGUCGGAGCUCGUCGAGUCCCUCCGCACGCGCAUCAAGUGCGUUGAGGACCCGAAGUUCACCAAGGACUACCAUGACCCGGCCCUCCGCACCAUCAGCAACGCCCUGACCGUCGAGCUGAACGACGGCACCGUCCUGGACGAGGUCGUCGUCGAGGCGCCCCUCGGCCACAGGCUCAGGAGGGAGGAGGCCAAGCCCGAGAUCCUCGCAAAGUACAAGAGGCACCUGGAGCCGCACUACUCCGCCGACAAGGUCAAGAACCUCAUCGACCUCGGUAUGGACCCCACGAGGCUCGAGGCCACCCCCAUCGACGAGUACGUCGAUCUGUACGUCAACAAGGACAGCAAGUUCGUGGUGUAAAAUGGUGUGUGUUGAGAGACGUGCGGGGGCGCACCGGGCAGGGGGGAGGAGGAUUUAAGUCUGGCUACUGGGACCGAGAUUGGAAUUUGUGGGCUUGGAUUUAAAAGCAGCAAUGGGUGCCAUCGUCUACCUAGUCAGGGGAUUGAUCACUGUAGACA